AUGUCUACAACAGCAGAGUCAAGCUCUUCGGAAGCUGUCUCUGCGGAGCAACAGGCCAUCCAGGCCGUGAUGCAAGCUCUCAACACUCUCUACACUGACCCAAACAAUCAAGCCAAGGCUUCCGCGAAUCGAUGGCUUCAGGACUUCCAGCAGACUUCUGAAGCUUGGCAGACCGCCAACUCGCUCCUUCUGGCAUCUGAACUGCCGCUCGAGCCCCGACUCUUUGCUGCCCAAACCUUCCGCACCAAGAUCACCUUCGAUCUGGAACAAGUUCCAACGCAACAAAGGGUCGCCCUUCGUGACACUCUCCUCGCAGCACUUUCGGCCUACGCAUCAGGCCCCCGAGUCAUUCAAACGCAGCUCAGUCUGGCUUUGUCCGGCUUGGCUCUGCAACUCGACGAGUCCGAGUGGCCAACCGUGGUGCCUGGUAUGAUUGAACGAUUCGGUUCGAGCCCGGACACAGUGCCAGUCCUGCUUGAGUUUCUCACCGUGCUUCCGGAAGAGGUCAUUACCAACCACCGCAUUCCUGUCGACAACGACUUCUACAACACCCGAUGUCACUUCUUGCUCUCGGCUGCUGCGCCAGAGAUUCUCAAGCUCCUGUCAAUGUACGUACAGGCUUCUGGCUUGACGUCUCAGAUUCAAACGGGCAUCUUCCAGUGUCUUCGAUCUUGGCUCAAGAGCGGUGAAGUGUCAGCAGGGCAGAUGGCGGACACGCCGCUUUUCGACUUAUCAUUUGACGCACUGGGCUCCGACGAGCUAUUCGACGUAGCUACUGAUGUUGUUUGCGAUCUGAUCAACGAAACACAGGAGGUGGAGGAGAACAUGGAUGUCAUCCAGCGAGUCCUUGCCCGACUGCAUCCGCUGCGCCAAGAGCUAGUAGCUGCUGGCGACGACGAGGACAAGGUUCGUGGCCUUUGUCGUAUCUUUGUGCAAGCGGGCGAGGCCUAUCACCGCAUCAUCAUUCGACACCAAAGGGAACUCUUCCCCGUUGUCGAGGCAAUCGCUGAGUGCACCGCCUAUCAUGACCUCGACAUCGUUCAAAUCACCUUCCGCUUCUGGUACUUGCUCUCCGGUGCUCUUUCACAUGCACGUGGUCAUCCAGAGGCGGAGCGAUUCUACCCGUUGUACGAGAGGCUGCUUGAGAUCAUCAUCCGACAUCUUCGCUUCCCUGACGAUCUGGAUACGCUCACAGGUCAAGAGCGCGACGACUUCCGAUCUUUCCGACACUUUAUGGGCGACACCCUCAAGGAUUGCUGUCACGUUCUUGGCUCCCGACAGUGUUUGUCAAGGUCGCUUCAUAUGAUCCAGACGACAACCUCGCAAUCGACGCCCGAAACCCUAAAAUGGCAGGACGUUGAAGCACCGCUCUUCAGCAUGCGUGCGAUGGGUGCAGAGGCCGACCCAAGAGACGACGAAGUGCUUCCUCAGAUCAUCAACAUUAUCCCCACGCUCCCAGAUCACCCCAAGCUCAAGUAUGCUGGACUUCUCGUUCUGUCAAGGUACACAGAGUGGAUCGACAUGCACCCUGAGCAGAUCCCAGCACAGCUUUCGUAUAUCAGUGCCGGUCUUGAGGAAGCUGGCAGUGAUGUAACGGCAGCAGCGGCACAGGCAAUGAACUUCCUCUGCCAGGAUUGUCACCGUCAUCUCGUUGCCUACCUACCGCAGCUUUACGACUUCUUCCGUUCUGUCAACGACAAGCUUGGACCAGAUGAUCUCAUUUCUAUCUCGGAGGGUAUUGCAUAUGUCAUUGCGGGUAUGCAGCCGGAGAGGGCACCACAGGCGCUGAUGCAAAUUUCGCAACCACUGCUUGAGGCUCUCAGCCAGGCUACAGCGCUUCGGAAUCCAAGCAAAGAUCAGCUCCGCAAGACAGCGGACAGGAUGGAGCAACUGGAAAAGAUGCUUGCUGUGAUUGGAACAUCGCUCACACGUUACCUUCCAUCAGCAUGUGCCAAGACAUGCGAAGAGGCGUACUCGGUCAUUGAUCAGGUCCUAGCCGCGCACGGCAACGUCUUCUUCAUCUCAGAGAGGGCAAGUGGCUUGCUUCGACGAGGUCUUUCACUGUUCGACAACCUUGCUGCGCCAAGCCUAGUGCCGUUGCUCGAGCGAUUGGCGUCUUGCUUUGAGCAGACAGGCUUCCCAGGAUACGUUUGGAUCGUGGGCAAGUGCAUCGACCAGUUCGGUCGCGACAGCAACAUGGCGGUCAGAGCAGCGUUACAAGGCGCUUCGGAAAGGGUCAAUGGCAAGAUGGUGCAGCUCCUCGAAAACACAAUGCCCGCCGAGAUGGGUGAUGUGCUAGAUGACUACAUCCACUCCUGCUUGGCUGUCCUCCACAAUGUGCCUUCACUGCUGUUCUUGUCGCCGCAGUUCCCGCAAGUCUUCCGCGCAGCUCUUGCAGCUUUGACGCUAUUCAAGACAGAAACUGUGGCGACUGCGCUCGACCUUGUGCUUGGCAUCCUGGGACACGAUUCACUCAUGAUGCCAGUGACACCUUCGCAACCCGGCACGCCUUUGCCAGCCACUGGAACGCCGAACGCCGAUGGCACACCGUCCAUGCAGGAAAUGGCUAGCUAUGCUGCUGCCAUCCGCCACGUGGUUGGACAGCAAGGCUUCCAGCUUGCUUCUGUAUUGCUCAAUGGUCUCGUGCUGCAAUUCAGCCCUGAGGUGAUGCCUGUCGCAGUGACGACGCUUAAGGUGCUUUCUGGUGGCUUUGCAGGCGAGAUGAUGGCUUGGGUACCCAGUAUCGUGGAGCAGCUGCCAAACGUGCCCGACAAGGACAAGGUAGCCUUCGUUGAACGUUACAUGCAGGCUGUCAACAGCAAGAGUCUGGACCAGGUCAAGCAAUCUCUCAAUGGUCUAUAUGCAGCGUCGCGGAAAGCAAGGGAGAGGUCGCGCGUUGAUCGAGAGGGUGAACCCGGUGGAUUGCUGGAUCGCUGA